AUGGCUCACGAUUGUCAAGUAAGGGAACUAGAUUACUUUGAGAAACGUUACUGCAAACUCAAUCGAAUUUGUUUAUCACUGAUCGGACUUUGGCCUUAUUCCGCACCAAAAAAGAGAUUCUUUCGAAAGCUAGUCGUAAACGGUACUUUUUUGAUCAUUUUGAUAGUACAGAUAACAUCUAUCAUUACGGUAGACGACUUUCAAUUACUCAUGGAAGUUAUUUCCAAUUUUGUCUUAUAUUUAACCUGUGUAUUGAUGUAUUACAAUAGCCUAUUCAAUAUGUCAAAGAUAAGUCAAUUAUUAGAGCUUAUUAAACAAGAUUGGCUCGAAAAGGAAAAUAUGAAGGAAUUUGAAAUCAUGAAGAAAUACGCAAAGGAUGGUAGAAUGUACUCAUUGAUGAUAAUAAUGUUGACUUAUGGGUUGAUUUUUUUGGUGAUGUCCGUAUCAGCUAUACCAUAUAUUCUAGAUAUAUAUUUUCCUCUAAAUCAAACUCGAUUUCACACUUUACCAUUCUCGGUAGAAUUGUUUAUAGAUACAGACAAAUACUACUGUCUGGCAUUCUUUAUCAUUUUUUUCACAUCUUCUUUAUCGUGCAUAGUUGUAGUAGGCAAUUACACAUUGUUCGCAGUACUUGUUUAUCACAUUUGCGGAAUGUUUUGCGUAGUUAGAAAUAUGUUGGAUGACGUAGUGGAUGUCACAAAGGAAUAUGUACAUGAUCGUAAUACAGAGGACAUAGCCUAUGCAAAAAUAAUUCGUAGUAUAAAAUAUCACAAAAAGACUUUAGAAUUCGACUCCAUCUUUAAUUCCUCCUUCGAACAGGGUCUUUCAAUCCUGAUAGUACUUGGUUCAUUUAUUAUAAUAAUUACGUUUUUACGGUUUUUGUUUUUUAUAGCUAUUAAAAAAUUCCGCAUUCGAGUAUGA